CAGGCAUACGAAACACAACGAAUAUUAAUAAUCAGCCCAUUCUCCCCGGCGCAUUUUACCACUUAGCCCUAAUCUAUUACUUAGCAUAUAAUAAAAACUAAAAUAGCAAAUUCCAAAAUAUAAAACACACCAAGGAUUCGUUUCGUUCAUGAGCUAUUCUCCCCACCCCCACUCCCACUCCCACUCCCACCCACCCCGUCACGGCCCCUAACCAAAACACCCUCGAUUUCAACUCCCAAACCCACAACGCUGUUGUACAAGUAUAUAGCAACAAGAGAUCAUCCAACACCUUCCUUUUUACCCCAAAUCCAAAUCAAAAUCUUUGAUUCAACACUCCCAAAUCCCGUUUCUGCUCUAAUUAUUAUUAUUUCCACCCCCUAAUAAUUACGACUUCCGUCUGUGGGUUUGCUAAUGCAGAUAAAAGGAGUGGAGAAAUGAACGUAAAUUCCAUGUGUCAUGUGACCGUUUCUAGCAUGCACCGCUUCACUACGUGGAUUUCACACCUUUUUAUCACCCUCUAAAUUAUAUAAACUCCAAACAAAACUAUUAUUGAGCUGAUAAUAGAGAAGUAUAUAUGACGAAUCAAGUAGUGAAGGUGAAGAGGAGAACGAUUGCGGCAUGCAUGACAUGCCCAAUUUGCCAUAAACUCUUCAGAGAUGCCACCACUAUUUCCGAGUGCCUUCAUACGUUUUGCAGGAAAUGCAUCUACAAGAAGCUGUCUGGUGAAGAAACAGAAUGCUGUCCAAUUUGCAAUAUUGACUUGGGAUGUGUUCCUCUAGAGAAACUAAGGCCAGAUCAUAAUCUGCAAGAUGUGAGAGCAAAGGUAUUCCCUUAUAAGAGGCGAAAGGUGAAUGCACUUGAAAUUGUGCCUUCAGUUGCAUUGCCAGUAAGGAGAAAGGAGAGAUCACUCUCAUCACUUGUGGUCAGCACUCCAAGAGUAUCUACACAAACUGGAAUGACAGGAAGAAGAUCAAAAUCGGUGGCAAGAAAAUCAUUACAGGGUUCGACCUUUUCAAUUGAGAAAACUCCCAAGAAAGAAGACGGUUCUGGGGAAGAUCAGUUGGAUGGCUCUAGCUCGCCUGAAACUUUGAACAAGCUCACUCAGAAUAUAAGGCUGAAUUCUUCCAGUACUGAGCCUUCUAGCCACCCUACACCGGAUAAAGAAACUGAGAAUGGCAGUGAACAGUGGGAUGGUAAAGUUGAUUUGUGGAAGCCUUUAAAUUGUUUGGUGGAAGCAGCAAACAGGAGCAAAUCUUCGAGGUUUACAUCACAGGGUUCUACUGUUAAGUCAGAAGGUCUGUAUUCCCAUGACCGUGAGGGUCAUGUCCGUAAAACUAAAGUCAAACAAAAUGGACAGAAAUUGAAGAUCAAGGAUGACAAUAAUGGUGAUCCUGCUCCUCCAGAUUUUGAUAAACCUAAAAAGUCGCGUAGAAUUUGCAAAAAAAAGGCAUCAGCUUUUGGAGAGUUUAAUAUUUCACCGCAAACUGUACUGGAUGGAACCACUGCCAGAUGUGAAAGGAGAAUCUAUCCAAUAUGGUUCUCAUUGGCAGCGUCGGAAGACCAGGAGGGAGAUGCACCUUUGCCACAGAUUUCUGCAAGUUACUUGAGAAUAAAGGACGGUAAUAUUCCAGUUUCUUUUAUCCAAAAAUACCUGAUGCGGAAGUUGGAUCUUAAAAGCGAAGAUGAGGUUGAGAUUAGAUGUAUGGGCCAAUCAGUAAUCCCCAGUUUACCACUGAACAGUUUGAUUGAUAUGUGGCUUCAAACUACUACAUCGGAAAGAAUAUCAGCAAUUAUUGGUUCAUCAGCAAAGGAUUUUGUUAUGGGGUUAGCUUAUGCUCGAAGGAUACCAGGCAUUCCGGCUUCUUGAGUUAUUAUCACUCCAUUCAUAUACUUGAUAUACUAUAUGAGAGAUUAGUCAUAUGUUGCAGCAGACCGGAAUUGCUAUACCGCUCUGCCUCCAGUGGGCAUCAUAUGGUGAGAAUUUAGACAUGUAAGUUGUUUUCAACCGCCGCAACUAGAAUUGGUGCAGAUCAGCGGAUAAGGAGGAACGAGAUAAUGAAGAAGAUACUGAAAGUGGAGUUCGGUUAUUUUAGCUCUAAAUUGAGAUACCUUGUUUUCAAGUUCACUCUCUUUGCAAUGUGUUGUACGCUUGUACACUACCUUCUCCUCAAACUGCGUGAAUUUUGAUAAUGUUUGUCUCAUUAUGUCUUACAAAUCUCAAAUCUUCAUAUAUACAAUUAGUUUAUUUUUCAAA